GACAGCUGAUUGAUAGCUGUCACGGUUCGUUUUGGCUUUGCACAAUUUCGGCGAGUACUUUGCAGUAAUUCGGGUGUUACGCGAAUUGCGCGAGAAGGCACUUUGCCCCCAGCUUAAGAUAAAAUCGAGUCGGCUCCGGUUGCAUUCUGAAUCCGUUUUAAUUCAUGGUUUUGUGAUCCGACAAAAUGUUCCGCCGCACCUUCAAGCUCACGUACCGGCCGAUGCGCAACAAUUUUGUCCUUUUGCCGUCCAACUACUAUGACUUGGUCUCCACAUAUGAGAACGGGUGUCUUAGUUUGUCAUGUGGGAAGGUGCUUCACUACGUGACCUGGGCGCCACACGCAGGCCCCAUGAAGGAUACCGAGAUCGGGAUAAACGCCCGAGUGGCCAAGGAGAUUGGGCUCAAGGAGAAUGACUUGGUGAAGGUGGCGCUUGUCGAGAGUAUGCUUCCAAUCAGAUCCGUAUUUGUAACGCCGGUCACGGCCAAGGAUUGGGAAAUUAUUGAGCUAAGUACGGAGCAAAUCCAAACUACGUUACUGGAGCAAACUCGGGUGAUCAAUUCGACUCAAAUUCUGGUUGUGUGGAUAAAUCGGUCGAUGCAGGUUAACUUCACAGUAGAUAAACUGAAACCCAACAUAAGCUAUGGUCGUUUAGAUAAUGACACAGAGUUAAUUGUUGCUCCAAAAUUAGAGGCUAAUGGACCUUAUGUCAACGGCUUGAACCAUAAUGUGUCGCCACCCGCACUAGCACGGAGCCAAACCUUUGCAUCAAACGAUGGCAUGGCAUUUAAUCCGCUGGCUCGAUCAACAACUACAUCAAAUGCCUUGCGCUCCCUUAAAGCGAAUCCGCCUACAAGUUUCAAUCAAAAAGCUGAAAAGCUAGAACGCAUGAUAAAAGACUUAAAGAAAGAAAAUAGUCGAACUUUCGAAUUUCGUGUGGUCUCGGGUAAAUGGGAAAGCGGACAAAUAUCAGAUGUUUUUGUAACACGAUCAAAUUUACCGGAAUUCAUGGACCUCGAACAAGUUUACCUUCUGAAAACAGUCGAAGAAAAUGACUAUUAUGUUAAUGUAAAGAUCGUUUCAGAGUGCGAUACUUUCCCUAAAAAUAUCCAUAGAACGAUUGAAGUCAAUGAAAAUCUAAUGAAGAUGUUGAAGAUCAAAGAACUGCAAAAAGUCACUCUUCGACCGAAGCAUACUAUCUUGAAUUUUCUUGAGAAAAUCGAACUAUUCCCAAACGUAAAGACAAACUAUAAAAUUGUUGAGCGAGCAUUUAAGAGCUAUGUCAUUGAGAAUACGAAAUUGUAUCCUUUGCUUCUCAAUCAGAAUCAGAUAGUUCGCUUGGAGGAUAAUCUCUAUGUGACUGUGAAGAUAACCCCCGAACACUUUCCAUAUUGUCUGAUAAACGAGCAAAUCCUCAAGGAAUGUAAGAUCUAUGCCGCUGAUCAAGUGAAGCGGGUGGAAUAUGUAAUGGAUAUUGAGGCGAGCGAAGACAAUUUAUUGAGUGUUGCUGAUCUGAUUAGUAUCAAGCAGUUCGAUGCAAUUGUUGAUAGCUUUGUGGAGCAAAUCAAAAUGAAUUUGUGCUUGGAUGAAAGGAAUUCGGUUUUGAAACAAGGACACUUCUUGAUAUCAGGGGCAGCAAACUCGGGUAAAACAGUUCUAAUCGAACGAAUCUUAGACAAAUUAGUGAAGAAACCAUAUUCAUGCUUUUAUGAUAUCUUCUAUUGUACAAGAAGUAAAGGACGUAAGGUCGAUUCCGUACAAAAGGACCUACGGCAAAUUUUCACAGCUGCACUAAACAGUGCGCCAGCCAUAGUCGUACUUGAAAAUCUCGAUGUUCUUGCGCAUUCGGUGGGGGAUCAACAAACACAGGAUAGUGAAUAUUUUAAUCGCAUCGCUGAUGUCGUACAGCAUCUGAUUGUUGAAUUUACAACAAACAAUCCAAUAGCAGUAAUUGCAACAGUCGGAAAUGAACAGAAUCUGAAUACACGUUUACAUUCGCCUAGAGGUCGCCAUAUAUUUCAAAUGAUUGCGAAAAUCCCCGAUUUAGAGCGCGACGACCGCGAAACUAUACUGAAAGAGUUAUGUUCACAUAUCGACAGCCAGAAACUGAAUUUGGAGAAGUUUGCCAAUUUGACGGAAGGUUACAAUUUCGGGGAUCUUGUGCAGUUUGUGGAAAGGGGAAUAUUUUACGCAUAUAGGAUAAAUCAAAUGGCGCCUGUUUUGAAUAACAAUCUUUUGGCAAUGUCACUGGAGAACACAAACUCAUACUGCUUGCAGGGAAUUGAAAAUCAUAAUAACCAGAAUAGCGCUGAAGACGAUGAUAUUGUUGAAGUUUCUUCGCUUUCCGGACUCGAAUCAGUUGUUACCGUUCUAGAAGAGGUCUUGAUGUGGCCUUCCAAGUUUCCAACAAUAUUUGAUGAGUCACCAUUACGGAAUCAAGCUGGUGUUCUACUCUUUGGCCCACCUGGAACCGGAAAGACAUUCUUAGUAUCUCAAAUUGCCAAAUGUUGGAACCUCCGAAUCAUCUCCGUGAAAGGACCUGAACUCUUGGCGAAAUACAUUGGUCAAAGUGAAGAGAAUGUACGAAAUCUCUUUAAUCGCGCGCGUAGUGCAAAACCGUGCCUCCUAUUUUUCGAUGAAUUCGACAGUUUAGCUCCGAAACGUGGUCAUGACUCUACGGGUGUAACCGAUCGUGUAGUGAAUCAGUUGCUGACCGAACUUGAUGGUGUUGAAGGUUUAAAUGGUGUAACUGUCGUUGCUGCUACAUCACGACCUGAGUUAUUAGAUCCUGCGUUACUGCGUUCGGGAAGAAUCGAUCGUUUGGUAGAGUGCCAAUUGCCCAAUGCCGAAGCUCGUUUGGGAAUCUUUAAAAUGUUAUCGCGAACGCUACAUCUGCAUAAGUCAGUUGAUUUUAAUUAUUUUGCGAGUCGAACUGAAGGCUUUACGGGGGCGGAUAUUCAAAGUAUAUUGACCACCGCGAAUAUGACAGCUGUUAAAGAAGUGCUUGCGAAAACAAAAGAAGAGAACUUGCCCGAUAAAAUCGACAUCACACAAACACAUUUAAUUGAUGCGCUUAAUUCAACAAGGCCAUCACUAAGCCCUUUGGAUAUUGCAAAAUAUCAGCACACAUAUGCUCGAUUUACGAACAAGGAAAAGAAUCCCCGGGAAUUCGUUGUACAACGUGCUACCCUAGCCUGAUAUUGUACCAAAUGUUCAUAUUAUGUAGUUAUGAUUUUUCGAAAACAUUUUCAUUUGACACAUUAUUUUUCCAAAGAAGUUUUAUUGUUCAUGGGUUUCUGCAUGAGUUCACACAUUUCAUUUGUUAUUUUUUUGGAAGUGAUGAUUUUAGAAAUAAAACGAUGUUCCAAAGGAAUUAA